AUGAGUGAAUUAGAUGCUUUCCCAGUUCUUAAGAAAGUGGAAAAGUCAGACAGUGUGUCUACAUAUUACCGUAACCAGGGCAACAAAUGUUUCCAGGCAUCAGAAGAUUUUAAAGCAUGGCAAUAUUACAAUUUAUCUUUGUUACAUGCCUCAUAUAAUUCAAAUAACUAUUGCUUAGCAUUAUCAAAUAGAUCUGCUGUAUUUUUUUCAAUGAAGAAAUAUAAAGAAUGCUUAGCUGAUAUACAUGAAAUUUUUUUGAUGAAAUAUCCUCAGGACUUACAUGACAAACUGAGUAAAAGGCAAAUGUUAUGUCAAAAGGCUUUACUUAAAGAAAUUGAUGAUAAAGAAAAACACUCUGAUUUUAAAAAUAUAUUGAAUAUGCAAAGUAACAGAGAUCCCCGGUAUUUAUGUGCAAGUACUAAAUUAGUAGUUGAAUUUAAUGAGGAAAUGGGGCGUCAGGUUUUUGCGAAAGAGGAUAUUAGAGUUGGGGAAAUACUAGUUGAAGAAGAUCCUUACUUUACUCUGGUGUUAAAAACACAGUAUCUUUUUAGUUGCAGCUAUUGCCUGUCUAGAAAUUUAAAUUUAUUACCAUGCAAGGAUUGUUGUUAUGCUUUAUACUGCAGUGAUGAGUGUAGGAUAAAUGCUUCCAAGGAUUAUCAUAAUAUUGAAUGUCCUUUAAUGGCAAGUUUAUUUGACAUGGAUUUCACAAAAUUGGAAUUACUUGCUCUGAGAACUGUUAUAAAAGCCCGCUAUGAUCACAAUGAUUGGCAAAGCUUCUUAAGAACAAUAGAAGAGGCUGAAGCUAAUAUGAAUAAUGAAUAUCGUGGUCAUAUUAAAGUUAAUGGUGAAUGGAUUUUUGAUUCCAAACAUUAUGCUUCCAUUCACACUUUAGAAUGUAACAUAAAGAAACGGUCUGUGUCAGAUAUUUUCCAGAAAUCUGUAACUGCGGUGGUAUUUUUGAAGUUUUUGACAGAACAUACAAAUUUUCUUCAAGUUCAAGAUUCUAAGCUCUCCGAGAGUGUCAGAAAUUGUGUUGCAGCAACAUUACUUCUUCAUUUAAUGACCAGUCCAACUAACAUGCAUGGAAUUAGUGCAAAUAUUCAAUCUGCAGAUGGGAAUUUUGUUGAAGAACAAAGCUUGGCCAGUGCACCUUAUGGUUUUCACAGCCUAAUAAACCAUUCAUGUGUACCAAAUGUUGUUAGAUUUGGAAAGCUUGGUUCAGGAAAGAUGAAAUUGUUUGCUUUACGUCCCAUUAAGAAAGGAAUGCAAAUUUUUGAUAAUUAUGGUGCACAUCAUGCCCUUGAAGACUGUCUUUCUCGUCGAGCUUCCCUUAAAUUUCAAUAUAAAUUUCAUUGUGUAUGUGAAGCUUGUGUCAAUGAUUGGCCCACAUAUUUAAGUAUGAGGCCAUCAGUACACAUACCUGAAAAAUUGGUUCGUAUUAAAAAUAAGCUAUUAAAUACAAGUGUCAUCAAUAAAUUACAAAAAGGCGAUGAAGAAACUGCUGUGAAAUUGUUUAAAUCUUUGUGUAGUCUCUGUGAACAUUUUGAAUUUUAUGCACCAUGUACAGAACUAUCAGACUGUCAGGAAGCAUUGAAACAAUGCUUAUCAAUAUUCUCUGGCUUAUUGCCGUAUGGAAAUAAGUUGAUGAUUCCAUGGAGCGCCAUACCUCCUGAAUAG